AUGGCUACAUUUUGUGUGCGUCGUUCUCGUCUUAAGAUGCAGCUUAAGAGAUGCGAUACGGCUAGACUAGAGGCAGAAUGUCAAAUUGCUGAUUUGCAAGCCCAUGCACACCAAGUAAAAGCAGCGGUGGCGCAGCAAUUGCAGGUGAUGGAGGCCAAGUAUCUGAUCGAGUUCGACCACAGCGUGCAGGCUCUGCUGAAGAUUAUAAAGCACCAUGAAAUGGAGAACGAAAAGCUGAAAGCGGAAAUGGAGCGAUUGCGAACGGCAGCUUCAGCUGUUUCACCUCCAAUUACCAAGGUAACGCAAUCCACUCAGACAAAAACAUUUAUACCGUUGCAGAAUGCGCUGAAAAAGAAUAGCGUGCGCUUUGAAGCGGAGAAUGAUUUAGCGUCGAAUGAAAAGAUUUCGCUUUCUGUAGACUUGAAGGCAAAGGCAAGCAGCACUGCGCGUAUGCAGCAACUCUUUGAGCAGCUACAAGCAUCCACAACUCGGGCUGAAUCUAUUCAAAUGACAACGCCAAUUGCAUUUAAUGCACAUAAGGACAACGAGCAUCGAUCUUGUCAUUGUUCGAACAAAGCUGUAAAAAAACGGGGAGGAAAAAAACAGUCACAAGUGAGAUAUCCGCCCAAAAUCGGGAACGCAAGUCCUUUUGCGUAG